CCAGUUCUGCAGGGGGGUUGUUUUGGUCGCUACACCUGGACUCUAUUUACAUGUAGAAACGCUUCAUUUAUCCCAGAGCCGUACCGCUCUGAUUUAUCCUACACACAUAUAUAACCCGGGUCAAUGACGUCAUCGUGCCUGGUUCGGUUUAGCCGCUGUGCUCUUCAGGUUAGAACCGGUUUAAAAUGGCAGCGGCUGCAGAUUAUAUCCUCCGUACAGAGAAGUUUUGGUACAAAGUCGGAGGAUGACCGGCCGAUUCCCAAGAUCUACACCAAAACAGGAGACAAAGGAUUUUCCGGCACUUUCACAGGAGAGAGGCGACCCAAAGAGGAUCAGAUUUUCCAGGCGUUGGGAACCACAGAUGAGCUGUCAUCUGUCAUUGGACUGGCUAGAGAGUUCUGCCUGGAGAAGGGUCACUCCUUCACCCAUCAGCUGGACAAGAUCCAGUGUGUGCUGCAGGACUUGGGUUCGAACAUCGCCGCUCCUCGCUCGUCGGCCCGUGAGAGCCACAUAAAGAAGACCGAGUUCAGUGGUGAGAACGUAGCAGAACUGGAGAGCUGGAUCGACUCCUACACGGACGAACUUCCACCUCUUACCAACUUCAUCCUGCCUUCUGGGGGGAAAAGCAGCGCCAGCCUACAUGUAGCUCGAGCUGUGUGUCGCCGGGCUGAGCGAUGUGUGGCUCCUAUAGUGCGUUCAGGUGAGGCCGAUCCCAACGUCUCCAAAUAUCUCAACAGGUUGAGUGAUUAUCUCUUCACACUGGCCAGAUAUGCGGCUAUUAAAGAAGGAAACGUGGAGAAGAUCUACAGGAGACCUGAAUGAGGACCUGCAAACUCUGCUCUGAUACUUCUGUUACUUUCACACAAAUAAAUUAAAGUUUUUCUUUA